AUGCAGUCCUUCUCCCUUUUCUCACUCGAUGGGAUCGUCUCACUGCCCAUCUUCAACAAAUGGGCCUGCCUACUGUACGUGAUUUACCGCAACAUCGAGCCGCUCUACAUCGACGGUCGUCUUUUACAAGCAGCCCACUCACCUGUGCAGCUGCUCCAGUUCCUCUACCAUAACAUCAACCCCUGGUCCAUCGUUGAUGCACGCUUGAAAUUUGCAUACGCAAUCCUGGGGGUCUACUUCGGCGCCUGGUUGAAUGUGCGCUGGAGAAAUGGGCUGCUAGGGGCUCCGCAAAGGAUCAGGGGCAAGAAGGAGUGGGGCCAGGAAUUGGCAUUCGUCACUGGUGGUGCGCAGGGGAUCGGCAAAGCCACCGUCGAACUUUUGGAUCAGAAAGGCUGCAAUGUAGCCGCCGUCGAUAUUCUCGACUUUGGGUCUUCGUACUCAAAUGUCAAGACAUAUAAGUGCGACAUAUCCUCGCUGUCAGACCUGCAGUCCGUAGCAGAGUGCAUCAAGGCAGACUUUGCAAAUGUCCCUUCUGCAUCUGCAAGCGGUCUCGACGAAAAGAACGUCGCUGCCGGCUCGCCGACGAUGGUACUGAACAUUGCCGGCAUUAACAAUCACUCGCUCAUCUUGGACUUGAACGAGCAGAAAGUCCAGCGUAUGCUCGAUAUCAACCUUAAGAGCCACUUCCUCACUGCAAUGGUCUUUUUGCCGGCCAUGAUUAAGCGCAAGGCCGGCCACUUUUGCUCGAUCAGCUCGACUAUGGGCUUGGUCGGUAUUUGCCACCAAUCGGACUACGUAGCCACCAAGCACGGUCUUUUGGGCAUGUACGAGAGUCUCCGCUACGAGCUCGACAAGAUGUACCGCGUCCCGCACGUCCGCACUUCCGUCGCGAUCAUCGGGCACACGCGCACGACGCUCUUCAAUGACUUUAUCUUCACGCAUAGCCUGGGCCGUUUCCUCGGCCCGCUCGUGACGCCUGAGAGCAUUGCGCAGAAGGUCGUCAACGACGCGCUCGGGAAGAGGGAGAGCAGGUAUAUCUGUCACCCGUUCAUCAACCACCUCGCGCCGAUCGCCAAGACCCUGCCGAGUUGGGGCCGUGACGCUCUGCAGUGGUCUACUGGUGCGGAUGGUGCGUACCCAAGUCGACCGACCAAGCAACAGCUCGGAGAGGCAUGA